AGUCUAGAUCGUCCGAUUAAACUCCACAUUUCCACGCAGCAGAGACUGCAAUUCCUCUUGUCUCUGACUCUGUUUUGGAAGCCAUGACCAGUUCUGCUGCUCCUUCACGGAAUGUCUGUCUCUUUCUUUUCUGCUUAAAUAUGUGCAUGUAUCAUGCUCUAAGCAAGAUCGCCUGCAAUCGGCUUCAGAAAGAGCUCGUGGAGUGGCAGGUUAAUCCUCCCGCAGGAUUUAAGCACAAAGUUACUGAUAAUCUGCAAAGAUGGGUGAUCGAAGUCAACGGUGCUCCAGGGACUCUGUACGCAAAUGAAACAUACCAGCUUCAAGUUGAUUUUCCCGAGCAUUACCCUAUGGAGGCACCACAGGUGAUUUUUCUCUCACCAGCUCCUCUGCACCCCCACAUUUAUAGCAACGGCCAUAUCUGCUUAGUUUACAAGGCAAAUGUGAUGGACCCAACUCCUGGCAAAGUGUUGAGGUGAAAUGUGGAACACUUAUGCUCCUGAAAAUGUGAGGAAUUGGCCCUACGUACUAGUAGGAAAUCCUCGAGGUGUUCUCUUUCCGGCCAAGAUACUCCAGACCACAUGCAUAUCCAACUUUGAGGUUGUGGCUGUUAGCUCUUGGAGUUUAACCUUCUACACUUGGAUAUAUGACAGCACUUCAAUCUUAAUGUUUAGUCAUCUGAACUCUCUUGCUAAGUUGUGAAAGCUUAUUGGCUCGAGCCAUAUUUUACUUUCCAAAAAUUUGUUAUUAAUGUGAAGAUGUAAUAAUGAUUGACGUGAUAAAAGACCACAGUUACCUUAGUCCUUGGUUGACUUAAAAGAAAGGUUGUAGAAGUUACUUCGUUUAAAUUUCCCAUCUGUAUUCUUCAAGCAAGUAUAUGUGGUCAAUCAGGUUUCUAAUUGA